AUGAAUAAAUUAUCUUCAGCAAAAAUUAAUGAAAUUAUCUCACAAGCUAUUAAUCAUUGGACUUCUACUUUUGGUACUAAGAAUAGAAAUAAUUAUGAAGCAACUAUUGGACUUUUAUAUUAUAUUAAUAUGAUUAAUGAUUUUAAUACUGUUGCAUAUUUUGGUGAUGGAAAAAUUGAUAAUAUGAGAAAUCAAGCAUUUAAUAGAGUUAAAUCUAUUUUAACAAAUGCAUAUAAUAAAGGUUUUGAUUAUUGGGCUGAAGGAUUAAUUCAUCAAGUUGCUCAUCGU